CCGAGUGAGAGCACAGUACAAAAAUGUUAUGUCGUUGGUGCAACACUGGGAACGCACCGCACUAGUCAGUAGUCGAGCGUCCUUCAAAUGAAAGAUUGUGAAAUGAAGUUUUAAAAACUUUCGAACUUUUAGCAAAAGUUUUUUAAGUAUUUUUAAAAACAAGUGAGCGUGUUUUAACCUAAAGAUUAUUUAUAAAUCCGUUACAAAAUGAUGAAAAUACUUUAAUUUUAUUAGUUUCUUACUUUAUAGGGCAUAUAAAGUUGAGUGAACUUUUGUACCUUGCUGGCUAAUGGUAUAAUAUAAUCCCACAGGUACCUACUAACGUAUCCUUAUUGUUGUGGUGAAUGUAGAACCUAGCAACGCAUUGUAAUAUGUGGUGGUGUAGAGAAAACUUAGUGUUUCAUAAAAAAGUUUGUUGUUUCACGAUAAACAAAAGUUGUGUUCAUCGAGCUGCUACAAAACAGUGAUUUAAAAUAAAGGUCUUGUGUUAUGGAAGAACUAGAGCGGUGGAAAAAAAUGUCACUGAAAACAGGAAUGUUUUUAUUGUUUGCCUACUUGAUAAAAAUAACUUCAUCAGCCGACAGUCUAGCACAAAUGCAACCACCACGGUUUACAAUGCAACCAUCAUCUUCAAAUAGCAUAGUUCGAGAAAGCACAACAAAGAUAUUACAGUGUUCCGCAAUAGGUAUUCCUCAACCGAUGUACAGGUGGCUUAAAAAUGGUGUGCCACUGGGCGACUACUCUUCCGAACUUUUUUAUAAAAUUCAAAAUACACAAAGACAAGAUGCUGGAGCCUACCAGUGUAUAGCAAAGAAUGAUGUUGGUGCGAUAUUUAGUGAAAAAAAUAAUAUUGUUGUCGCAUAUAUGGGAGUUUUCGAAAAUUCCGUUGAAACACUAGUGACUGUUGAAUCUGGAAAGGCUGCUAUACUAAACCUUCCACCCAUCGCAUCGGAGCCACCUCCUUCAGUUAUUUGGCAAGAUGAAAACGGCGUCAAUGGUGUAUUGCGAUACGAUCAGAAAUAUGUUAUCACUGAUAAACACCAGCUUGUAAUUUUGUGUGCAUCGCAAGAUGAUCAAAGAGCAUAUAGAGCUCGAGCGAUCAAUACUCAAUUAGGUAAAGUAGAAAAUAGUCCAUAUAUCCAAUUAAAUGUCUUCGGGGACGACAAUAGAGAAAUUGCCCCAGAAAUUAUUAUAAAACCGCAAGACACGAAGAUAAUUAAAGGUCAAGAGUACACGAACCUUUAUUGCAUAGCAAACGCACGACCACUUCAUGAACUCGAAACGUUAUGGUUCAAAGACGGCAUAUUGAUCGACCUAGCUGGAGUCACCUACGAUUUAAAUGACCAAUGGAAUAGAACGUUAAGUCUCAUAUCGGCCAAUUUAAAACACACCGGGGAAUAUAUGUGUCAAGCCAGAUUAAAGACGGGGGGCUUCGCCACUGUGACUGCUUCAGCAAGUGUUACGGUAUUCGAGAAGCCUGUAAUGUUAACUAAUCUUAAAUCCGAAACGUAUGGCGAAUACGGAAGUACGAUUGUAUUGGAGUGUAAUGUUCAGGGCAUUCCUCUACCGGGUAUUACAUGGUAUAAAGACGCUAGGAAAAUUGCGAGUGUUGGGGCUGAUGCCGGAGAGCCAGAUAAUGCUGAUGUAGAUGACGGUGGCGGGAGAUAUCGCGUCGAAGUAGACAGGUCCCUCGUUAUAAGCGAUCUAAAAAUGGAAGACAUGGGAAUAUAUCAGUGUAUCGCAAAUAACGAAGCUGGAGAAUCUUCUAUUUAUACUUGGCUUAGAAUCAAAACCUCUCCGCCAAUAAUGCAAAGUGCGCCGACCAAUCUUACCGUUUUGGAUGGCAAGGACGCUACGAUCACCUGCCGAGCCGUGGGGGCUCCUACACCAAACGUCACUUGGUACUUCAAUGAUUCCCUAAUUAUAAAUUUGUCUGGACGGUUGCAAGCAUUGGAGGAAGGUGACUUGUUAAUUACAAGUACAACCACGGCGGAUACUGGGAAAUAUACUUGCAAUCGUGCUAAUGAAGCCGGCAAUGUUUCGGGAGAAGCCUACCUCACCGUGCUUGUAAGGACUCAAAUAAUAGCCCCACCGGUAGAUACUCGUGUUCUACUUGGACACACGGCAACGUUACAGUGUAAAGUAUCAAAUGAUCCAAACGUCAAGUAUAACAUCGAUUGGUUUCAUAAUAAUCAACCAAUGACAGCUGGCUCUCGUGUGUGGGUAUCGGGCGAUGGUGCACUACAAGUGCAAGCGGUUCGCGCGAGUGACGCGGGCGAGUACAAGUGUAUAGUGACGUCACCGGGCGGCAAUCACACGCGGCGCGCGGUACUGUCCGUCAUUGAACUGCCCUUUUCACCCACCAACGUGAGGGCUGAGAGACUGGAUGCGACCCCGCAGCGAGCUGUCAACGUUUCUUGGACGCCCGGUUUUGAUGGCAAUUCGCCUGUACAGAAAUAUAUCGUACAGCGACGUGUUGUUCCUGAAUUUGGUCCAACGCCUGACCCUUUAAUGAAUUGGGUCACAGAGCCUAUGAAUGUAUCAGCAAAUCAACGCUGGGUGCUCUUAACAAGCUUGAAGGCAGCUACGUCAUACCAGUUUAGAGUAUCGGCAGUAAAUACCGUGGGAGAAGGACCUCCUUCAGACCCCACUGAUGUCUUGACUUUACCGCAAGAAGCACCAUCUGGUCCACCGAUCGGUUUUAUGGGAUCGGCAAGAUCGUCUUCGGAAAUUAUAACGCAAUGGCAACCUCCCUUAGAAGAGCACAGAAAUGGCCACAUCCUGGGAUACGUUAUAAGAUACCGAUUAAAGGGUUACGAUAGCAGUCCGUGGACCUAUCAAAAUAUAACGAACGAAGCGCAGAGAAAUUAUCUCAUACAAGACUUAAUCACAUGGAAGGAUUACAACGUUCAAAUCGCAGCGUACAAUGAUAAAGGAUUGGGAAUGUUUUCUGAUAGCUUCACGAUAAAAACAAAAGAAGGUGUGCCAGAAGCCGCUCCUGAUAGCGUUCGAUGUGAAGCUCAUAAUUCUACAGCUAUCAAAGUUUGGUGGACACCGCCCAAUCCGCAAAAGAUAAACGGCAUUAAUCAGGGCUACAAAAUCCAAGCAUGGAAAUGGGACGAUGCAGAAAAUAAUAGUAUUGAGUAUAAACUCGUUAGCGUUCCUCCAAAUUUAUUGGAUCCAUUGACAGAACAAUCAUCAGUUAUUAGUGGAUUAGAGAAAUUCACCGAGUAUAACAUAUCUGUAUUGUGUUUCACGGAACCGGGUGACGGACCUCGUAGCGAUUUCAUUUUAGUUAGAACAAAGGAAGACAUUCCUGACGAGGUUGUUAACCUACAAUUUGACGACAUAUCUGACCGUGCUGUGAGGGUGUCCUGGUCACCGCCAAAGAAAUCAAACGGCGUAUUAAUCGGUUACAAACUGUCGUAUCAAAUUAAAGAAAAUCCUGAUACGUUGAAGGAAGAAGUGUUACCUCCUAAUGUUAGCAGUAUACGAGUGGAACAUUUACAGGCGAGUACUCAAUACAACUUUUGGGUGAGCGCCGCGACAGGAGUCGGCGAAGGUCCGCGUAAAUCUGCUUCUAUACAGUCUGGUGUAGAGCCCGUGCUUCCACACGCGCCCAAGAACCUAGCUCUAUCAAACAUUGGAGCAUUUUCCGUUUUACUGCAAUUUACCCCCGGAUUUGAUGGGAAUUCUUCUAUUUCACUAUGGACAGUACAGGCACAAACAGCGCGCAACUCAUCCUGGGUAACCAUAUACGAAGUGAACGCGCCAGACGCUCAAUCGAUCCUGGUCACAGGGCUAGUUCCCUUCACCACGUAUCGGUUAAGGCUGAUCGCGUCCAACGUAGUGGGAACAUCACCGCCCUCCGAGCCGUGUAAAGAGUUCCAAACCAUACAGGCGCCGCCACAACACCCGCCACGGAAUGUUACUGUACGCGCUGUUAGCGCUAAUAAUCUGAGAGUGCGGUGGAUUCCUUUACAACAAAGUGAAUGGUACGGAAACCCAAAGGGUUACAAUAUCACGUACAAAAGAAGCGGCACAAAUGAUACAUUGUAUGCCAUUAUUGAAGAUCACACAGCUAACUCUCACGUGCUUUCCAAUUUAGAAGAAUGGUCUGUAUAUGAAAUACGAAUGACUGCAAUCAAUGAGGUUGGCGUUUCCGUCGAAAGUCCUACAGCUACGGAAAGGACAAGAGAAGCCGUACCAUCAAGUGGACCUAUUGAAGUAUCGGCUAACGCAACUUCCUCCACAACUGUUGUCGUUCUAUGGGGAGAUAUACCAGUACAAGAUCAGAAUGGUCUUAUCGAGGGAUACAAAGUUUGUUAUGCAGCAGUUGUUCCUCCACCGCGACCGGAACAUAAGAAGGUGGAAUGCCAACCGAUACCAUCGAACCAAACGCACACUGUAACACUGACGGAGUUAAGGAAAUAUGUAGUGUACCACAUACAAGUGUUGGGUUAUACGAGACUGGGUGACGGAGCGCUUAGCGACCCACCGGUCACUGUGAGGACUCAUGAAGACACUCCGGGUCCACCAUCAAAUGUAUCGUUUCCUGACGUAUCUUUCACAACGGCGCGGAUAAUAUGGGACGUUCCUGAAGACCCCAACGGUGAAAUAUUGGCGUAUCAGGUUACUUACCACCUGAAUAGCUCUACACAGCACAUGUUUUCUAGGGAAUUUCUACCAUCGGAUAGGACUUUCAGAGCAACAGAACUAGCGUCCGAGCAGUACUAUUUAUUCAGUGUGCGGGCACAAACCCGUCUAGGGUGGGGUGCGACGGGGCGUGCACUAGUGCUGACCACGGCAAACCGAGCCGCACCCGCACCGCCAGCACGACCGCAUCUAGCCCGGUCCUUGUUACAGCCACAUCAGAUCACGUUCUCUUGGACACCGGGUGAUGAUGGAUAUGCGCCGCUCAGGUACUACACGGUACAACAAAAGGAAGAAGGUGGAACUUGGCAAACGUUACCGGAACGUGUGGAUCCAUUUUCGACUUCAUACACAGUUGAUGGAUUGAAACCCUAUACAGCGUAUCAGUUCAGGAUAAGGGCCACUAAUGAUAUAGGACCAAGCCGAUAUAGUAAUGCUACAGAAACUGUUCGUACUCUACCUGCAGCUCCAAGCAAGGCGAUAGAUAACCUCCGAGUAGUGCCAAUAACGCCGAGCAGCGUGCGCGUGCAGUGGUCGCCGCUGGCGGACACGCACUGGAGCGGCGACACGCGCACGGGCGGCUACCGCGUGCUCUACCAGCCGCUCACUGACUUCACCGCGACACUGCAGAACACGAUGAAGCAAGAAGUGCCUGGGAUUAAGAGUUCGGAAGUGGUGCUCACCGAUCUGGCGGUGGACCGCAACUACGAGAUCAGCGUGUACGCGGUGAACUCGCAGGGGCUGGGGCCGGGCGGCGCGCCGGCCGUGGUGUGGGUGGGCGAGGCGGUGCCCACCGCUCCCCCGGGGCAGGUCGCCGCCGAGCCCGUGUCGCCCACGGAGGUGGCGCUCACCUGGCAGCCGCCCACGCUCGACCAGCAGAACGGCGACCUGCUCGGGUAUAAGAUCUUUUACCUCAUGACUGAGUCACCUGAAGAACCAGAACCGGGGCGAAAAAUUGAAGAGGAAAUAGAAGUUGUACCAGCGACCGCCACUUCACAUUCGCUCGUGUUCCUUGACAAAUUCACACAGUAUCGCAUUCAGGUGCUCGCGUUCAACCCGGCGGGCGACGGGCCCCGCUCGCACGCGGUGCUGGCGCGCACGCACCAGGGCCUGCCCUCGGCGCCGCGCAACAUCUCCUUCAGCGACAUCACCAUGAACAGCCUCGUCGUCAGCUGGGAGCCGCCGCGGAAACGGAACGGCCUCAUACACUCGUAUCUCGUUACGUACGAGACGAUAGAGCAGGAUGAACGGUUCAGCAAGCAAGUGAAGCAGAAGGUGAGCGAGCGGCGGCUGGCGGUGGGCGGGCUGGAGGAGGAGGUGGAGUACCGGUUCAGCGUGCGCGCGCUGACCAUCGGCGCGGGCGGGGCGGGGUCGGCGCGGGUCCGCACGGGCCCGCAGGCCGGCUCGCCCGAGCCGCCGCGCGCGCUGCUGCUGCGGGCCGACCCCGCCGCGCUGCACCUGCGCUGGGCCAACGCGCCCUCCGGCAAGGGGCCGCUGCUCGGAUACUAUAUAGAGGCCAGGAAGAAAGCAAAGGAAACUUGGCAAGCAUAUGACACGAGAUGGGAAACGAUAACGCGAACGAGUAAUGGAAUUCUCGAGGAAUUUACGAUAUCGUAUCAGAGUUUACUGCCAUCGACGGCAUACUCGUUCCGAGUGAUUGCGUACAAUAUGUACGGGAUCAGCAACCCCACGUACAGCGACAAGGUGAUAGUGACGCCAUCGAAACUGUACCUUGAGUACGGUUAUCUGCAGUACCGGCCCUUCUACAGACGCACGUGGUUUAUGGUGGCUUUGGCUGCUGCCUCAAUUAUCAUCAUCAUCAUGGUGAUCGCCAUUUUGUGCGUGAAGAGCAAGAGUUAUAAAUAUAAAAAGGAGGCGCAGAAGACGCUGGAGGAGUCGCUGGGCGAGAGUGCGGAGCGCGGGUCGCUGGCGCUGGACGUGUACCGCGCGCGCGCCGGCUCGGCGGGCUCGCGCUCGGCCGGCUCGCUGGGCACGCUGCGCCGCAAGCCCGCGCCGCUCGCCAAGUGCCCGCCGCGGCCCUCGCCCGCCUCCGUCGCCUACCACAGCGACGAGGAGAGCCUGCGCGGCUACGACGAGAACCCCGACGACUCCUCGCUCACCGAGAAGCCCUCCGAGAUGAGCUCCUCCGACUCCCAGAAUUCGGAGAGUGAGAACGAGAGCGUGCGCUCGGAGCCGCACUCGUUCGUGAACCACUACGCGAACGUGAACGACACGCUGCGUCAGUCGUGGAAGCGGCAGCGGCCGGUGCGGAACUACUCGAGCUACACGGACUCGGAGCCGGAAGGCAGCGCCGUGGUGAGCCUGAACGGCGGCCAGAUCGUGAUGAACAACAUGGCGCGGUCGCGGGCGCCGCUGCCGGGCUUCUCCUCGUUCGUAUGACCCGCGCCGCCCGGGCGCGCCGACCCCCCGCACUCGCCCGCGCCCGCUCUACACAUA